UCUGCCUUUUAUGUCCACCUCCUAAAGGCCACACCCUGCCAACUGAAGUUCUCCAGGCCAGCUACUAGAGACAGAGGGAUCAACAAAGCCAAAGUGCGCCACCUUCCCACCCAGCGCACAACCAGGACUCCAAAAUGACAGAGGAAUCAGAGCACCUAAAGGAUGCAAUGCCCACAGAGAGGAAGUCCACGUGGAGGACGGCCGAGGAGAGGCGGAUGUCCGACCUCACGCGGGUGCUGGAGUGGCUGGAGCGGAGGCAGGGGAAGCAAAAGCAAAAACCCAAGGGGAUAAUGGCCCCUAAAACAAAUGGGAAGGAAGGAAAGAAAGACCAAAACCUCCUGAAACAGCAGAGAGGGAACCGUCAGGUGGCGUUUGCCAACCAGCCCUCAAAGCAAAGCGCCAAGAACGCCGUGGACCCAAAGGGAAAACGCCUCAGCAUCGUUUCCAGCAAAUACACCAAGGAUGGGCCCAGGAAAUCCGACCUCGACAUCAAGGACGCAAUCGCGCUGGAGUCGACUCAGCGGCCCCAGCCCUACCGCCGCCAGAGCGUUCUGGACCCCGCGUUGCAGGAAACGCCCGUCUUCGGCGGUCGGAAGUCGACCCUCCUGAGAGACUGGGUUAUAAACAGGACGACCGAGAUCUCCUAUGAGCGCAAGCUGAAGAGUCUCAUGGAGAAGAGCACUGAGCCCAAAGUGGAGCUGGUGAGGAUGCUGAAGCCGGAGGAGGUGCUGAGCUGCCGAUACCUGAGGUUGUCCAAGAACAACAUUCGGACCUUGCUCAAGCUAUGCAAGGACGCAGGCAUGAACGUGGACAUCCACCCCCACAUGGUCGAAGGAGAGAUAGAUGCUAAAAAGGUGUUCGCCCAAAACCCCAGCGUGGCCCUCUAGGUCACCACAGGAUCUCUCUGCUGUUGGACCCUCGGCCCCCAGACAGCAUCCUCUGGUAUGCCCCGCCUAGGCCUUCAGACCUGGGGCGUCCCUUUUAGACGGUAGCCAUCAGAA